UCCGCGAGGCUGUCACAGAAAGUAGUCCCUGCGGGCAGAGGUCAACAGCUGGUCUCUUUGGUCAGUGUGUUAUCGGCAGCUAGUGGUGGUGUCUCUUCGAGCCCACGAAGCCUCUCCUGUUCCUGGGACGGCGAUGUAGAGGCCUGGCAGGGUUCGGGGUGCGCGCGCACACGUGCAUGUGGUGGCGGCGUAGAGAUUCGCAGAGUAACGCCCGGACGCCGAGGAGGCGGGGCUGGCGAUUUGAAUCAGGCGGCGGUCCGAGCCCUCGCGGAAGGAAGGCUGUAAGGGACUCCGGUCUCAGGUUGGGGUGUUGGCGGCGGGGGAUCUGGGAGCCCCCCGCGGAUGGCUUGGCGGCCGAUAGUUGUUUUCUCGAGCGAAUGCUUCAGGACCAAAGAGCCGAGAUCUAGAAGGUACGGCAGCCCCAACAUUCAUCGGAGUAGCGUUCAAAAUAAACCCUACGGGAGAUGGAUACUUGUUCACAAGACUGCGAGCCCCUUCAAACCAAGGAGUCUCCUAUUAAUAACGCUGGAAAAACCCCUUUAGUUUUGGGAAAUGGGAAGCUUGUAACUCCCCACAAGCAGGCAGCUGAAAUGACUCCUAAUUGUUACACAUCAGAGACUUUUAAAUCACCUUUGAACUUGUCCACAGUAACUGUGGAGCAAUUGGGAAUUUCACCUGAAAGCUUUGUAAAUAACUCUUCAGGAAAGUCAUCACCCUACCUUAAAAAAUCCAGACGGCGGUCUACAGUUGGUCUUCGGGGCCUUCCUGAAACAAACCAUCUAAUUCGUUUCGUUGCCGAGCAGCGGAGUUUAAAGAAUGCUUCAUUGACCCAGACUUCCCCUUUUCAGGGCAGCCCUGCUUUGUAUCGAAAUGUUUAUUCUUUAAGAGAGCAAAUGUCUGCCUUCCAUUUGGCUUUUAACUCCAUAAAGGAAAACGAGAAAAUGACUGACUGUCCUGAAUCCUCAGAGGCAAAAGGAGUGUUCAAGACCAGAGGCUUGACCAAAAAGGAAAGUCUUGGUGAAUGUCAGCUGUCUGAGUUCUCUGCACAGUCAUCAUCCAAACGUCGGAGACUAUCCUCUCCAAGCAGCUCUAACGUAAAUCUAACUGAUGCGGUUGAUCUCCAGACGUGCGGUGUUAAUGUCGCUGCUUGUCCCAGUACAGACAUGAAGUGUGCUGUUGAAACCUGUGCUGAUCUCUCCCAGAAAUCUUCUGCAUCUGGUUUAAAUCUACAGUGUGGAUGUUUAAUGAAUGAGUCUCCUCUACUUUCAGAACUUACAGAGGCUUCAAGUGGAGUCCAGGAUGCUGCCUCCGUAGAAGAGAGAGGAUCCAAUGAUGCUGUUUCAGUUGAUAAAUGUACAGAAGUGAGCACAGACACAGUUCCCAAAGUCAGGUCUCUGGUUACCCCACUGUGCCAGAAGGACCUUCUGUCCUCCAAGACGUUUGUCCUACGUUCUGUACUGAAGAAACCCGCUGUGAAGCUGUGUGUAGAAAGCCUGCAGGAACACCUUGACAGCCUCUAUAAUGAUGGGACUUGUCCAAGCUUAACCUCCAGUCUUGCAAACAGUUGCAAAGAACAAACAGCAGCCUUGCCAAAUACAAAGAAGAGGAAGAGAGUUACUUUCGGAGAGGAACUAAGCCCUGAAGUGUUUGAUGAAUCUUUGCCAGCUAACACUCCACUGCGUAAAGGACAAACACCUGUCCGUAAAAAGGAUUUAGGUAGCCUCAGUCCCCCGCUAUUUGAACAGUCUCCAGUUCCUGAGCGGUUACCUCAACCAAAUUUUGAUGACAAGGAAGAGAAUCUUGAAAACAUAGAGCCUCUUCAGGUUUCGUUUGCCAUUUUGAGUUCUCUUAAUAUGUCUUCAAUUGCUGAGACUCUUUCAGGCACUGAUGCCUCUGCCUCUUCAAGUAACCGCGAGAAUAUAGCCCCCUUAAGAGUCGGUAGAGCAACGCGGACCUCUAACAGAAAAAGGAAGUUGAUCAGUUUUUCACAAGAGAGUGUUUGCAACUUACUCAAUGCAGAAGCUCAGCCUUGUAAAGAAAAGAAAACUAAUAGGAGGAAGUCUCAAGAAAGCAAGCAUGCAGACAAAGUCCUUCCACGAAAGAAUCGGGUUUUAAAAGGUUGCAAAAAGAAGAAAGGAAAGGGAAAGAGAAAAGGUGUCCAGAAGUCUCUAUAUGGAGAAAGAGACAUUGCCUCUAAGAAGCCGCUCCUGAGCCCUAUCCCUGAGUUGCCAGAGGUCUCUGAGACGCCAUUGGUUGGGAGCCUCGUCCGGAGAAUGUACCCAGAUGAUUUCAACUCAAAUGGUAAAUAUGAAGAAAUGAUGCUUCUGAAGAGAGAAAAUAUUUUGUCUCAGGACCCAGAAGAUUGGCAGGUAAUUCAAGGCUUUAAUAAAGACGAUGCAUCUGAAUCCUGCAGCUCUGACAUGAAAAGUUCCUCAUCUUUUAGUAAUGCUACUUUUGAGCAAGAUGCAAAUAUAAACUCUAUAGAAAUGGAUGAAAAUGAAAAUAUCCCAAAAGCAAUUACGUUGGAAAGUGAAAACGAACUAAAAACCGGGACUGAGUGUGAAAACAGCUGUAUUUCUUGUACUUUAGUGACUGUAACACCCAUUGUAUCAGAUAAUCCAAAACCCAAUUUUCCCCUGCAGUCCCAAGAAGUUUCUGCUGCUGGUCAAAAUGUGGAAAACCUCUUUCAAAUAGUUAAAAUCUCAGAAGAUAUGAGCAUCAAAUGUGAAAAACAGAGUGGCUUCUCAGUCAUUCCAGAAGACAAACUACAGACUGAGCAUCUCAUACCCGAUUCACAAAAAGAAUGUGAUUGUUCAGAAGAUGUCUUAACUGACCAGAGAAAAGUAAGUAAAAGUCAAGGUGAGGAUUUGGGACGAAACUCCGCAGCCAGUUGCAGUGGUGUGAGUGACAGAGAAAGAAAAUACAGAGGACGCUCUGUGGGUGGUUCUGAUGGGCCUGGUUUACAUUUGGAAAGAACCAACAACCUCCAACCUUCCUACAGCAUGAGCAGCUUGGUAGAAAUUAGUUUAGAAAAUUCCCAACUGUGUGAAGAUUUAUCUGAUUCCAUUGAGCAAAGCCUUCAGAGAACAAAGAGCGAAACCAAAGUAAGACGCAGCUUGAGGCUGCAGAAAAGUAUGGAAAGCGAAGGAGGGCUCGUGUGGGUUUCACCUCCACCGCCUCCUGCCUCCUGCGCUUCACAGAGAACCAAGAGGAGAACAGUAGGUACUCUUGACAGCAGAGGCUUCGAGCCUAUGUCCUCCAGGCAGGAUCCUUGCAUGCUGCCCUUCACAUCAAGUGAGGAGAAUGGUAAGGGCUUUACCACUGCUCCUGAUGCCAGUUUACCUGGGAAGAGGAGGAGGAGAAGCUUCUGUACCUCUACACUUGCCAAUCCUAAAAGUACCACCCAGUCAAGAGGCUGCAAAAGAAGAUCCUUUCUCAGCCAGAAGGGAGAGAACACGCUCCAGGAGACCUCGAGAGAAUCAGACCUAUCAGAGAACUAAAGCAGUCACUGACACUGCCAGCAGAGCAAUUAGGCAAGAGAGAAGGUAACCCACCGUUCAUGCCUGAAAGAUUCUUUCAUCCAGUUCCCAUCUUUGUUCAACCUCAAUGUUUUAAAAGUUUCCAAUAAAAUCAUUUGAGUUGAACCUACA